UUCACGUGACUCACUGUAAAUAAUAAAGAUGGCUGCACGGUAGCAGCGAGUAGAGUUUCAGUUACUUCGGAUGAAAAAUGGCUCACCAGUAUUCAAGUUCUGAUCUUAUGUAUAAUGAACUUCUAGAAUGUUUUAAUGAGACAAGAAGACGCAACAUUAAAUUGUUGGAAGAAAAAAGGGAGUUGCUUUUAAGGCUACAAGAAGAAACGCGACGGUCGAGCAAAGGGCAACUCGAGUCGAUCUAUUCUGGCGAAGAUGAUUAUUUUUUGGACAUAGAGUCGAAUUCAAGCAAUGGCAAGAGAACAUUUGAAGAGUUCGGCACUUGCAAAUGUAAAUCAACAGAGGGACUACACGAACUACUUAAAGGAAAUCAUGAAUGGAAGAGGAAAUAUGAGGCUGUAUCAUUGGAGUAUGCACAUCUAAAAACAAUCUGUGAACAUAUGAAGAAAGAAAUUGUGGAGGACAAAGAGGAAAAUGACAAGUUGAAACAGCUUGUUUGCAACCUUAGUGCAGAUCUUAAAAAGCUUGGUCUUUCAUCAAAAAUACAAACAUCUAAAGCCAAUGAUGUAUGCAAGUCUGAUGAGAUGGAAGCUUUGAAACAACAGAUUGAACUGUAUCAAGAAGACUUCAACAAUGAGCGAAAAGACAAAGAGAAAUUGCUGAAUGAGAAAAAUUUUUUAGAAGGACAGUUACAACAAGCAAGUGAAAGCUUAGAAAUGGUAUCUGCCGAGAAUCAGAGGUUCAGGCAAUGCCUGAACAAAGUCACUCACCAGAAAGAGCAUAUAAUUUCAGAAAUCAGACGACUGUCUGCCAGUUCACUGCCUUUCUCUCCAGUCUACGAGCAGCGAAUUCCACCAGACACUCGAUUUCUGUUUGAAAGCAGUGAAGGAGAGGAUGUUGUUGCAAAAUCUUUGGCUUCUUCAUCAUCAAGACCAGAUAUUUCGAAACCAUCACGAUCAGCCUUUAUGGGAGGACCAGCAGUUGAAGACUCCAAGUGUUGCUAAAAUUUUAAGUGUUGCUAAAAAGCCAAUUUCUACAAUGUUUUAUAAAAAGUAUUUAUGAGAAAUGCUUGGUUAAAUUGCCAAACUGUAAAGUAUUUAUUUAUUUAUAUGUUUUUAUGCAGUAAUUUAUUAAUAAGAAAAAUAAUUAGAUGAAGUUUGAGGAAUAAAUGCAA